UAAGCAGGUUUUUUAUUUGUUACAAUCAAUAAUUAAUUAAAUUUACUUAUUUUUUAAAAAGCUUUUGAAUAAGUUUGAGACUCUCUUUGUGGGAACUUUAAAAGAAGGCCCAGUGCCUGCCUGAUACAGAACAGGUAGGUACUCACUAAUGGAAUCCACCCUAUCCCGCCUUCCAAUACACAGAGCUGUUUGUCUCUUUGGCACUAGAUGUGUGCGCUCAACAGGCAUGGAUUCCUCUGGGUUGGAUCCAUCUCAUGGAUAGUUGUCAAAGACUGACCUCUCCUGAUGUUAAUUUUGUGAAUACUUUACUUCACUGUGCAGUGAGCUAAACGAUGCGGGAUUAAAUGUUCUCAUUUCUGAGCUGCGAAGUGUUGAAACUGAUCAGGAAAUGAAGGCAGAAUGUCCAUCCUUUGCAAGAAGAAUCAGCCAGCCUGUGUUGCUGCCACUCUUGGCUGCUGAUUGGAAUGCAGCUGUUAAGGCAGCUGUUUCACUGUUUGCCCAACUUGAAAGGACACUGCCAAGUGGCAAAUAUUUUUCAUAACAACAUUUUACUUUUGCUAGGAACAACAAUGCAUUUUUUUGAGCUCCAGCAGUGUGCCAAACAUGACAGAUUUAUUACCCAGCAGGUUCACAACCUAGACUGAGCAUGCAUGCUCAUUUCCAUUCCUAAUAUUUAUAAAAAGAAUAAAUAAGCCCCAAAGGAAGCCUCUACACAAAACAUCUCUACAGCUUAAUUAUUUGUUGGAAUGACAGCAGAUUAACUUGUGAAAAUGAAAUAUCUCUGAAAGAAAAAAUGAAAAUCUAGAAAUGUCAAAGCAAAAAGGGAAGGGUUAAAUAUUUUAAACCUGUCUAAUGUGACCCAAGAAUUAGUUCAUCCCACAUAUCCAGGACAGUAGCAGCAGUAGCACAGGAAACACAUCAUCUUCUGAAUCCCCUACAAAUCGUGGGACCCAUUCUGGGUCUUGCAGUUAAUUUGUGUUGUAUGAGAAUUACUGACUAAGUUCUUAGUAAAUAACUGUGUUGUAUUUGACAGGCUGUGAACUGGAUGGGGUAGGGCUGAGGCAUUAUCAACUAUUUAAUUUAACGGUAAAAGCAGUAUGCCAAAUAUAAGCAUUCAGAGUUAAGAAAGCACAUUUAAAUGCAUAACUGUGAUUUUCUUGCAAAUCCCAAAGUGCAAAGAUCAUGAUCAUAUUAGGUUGCUUUCCAUCCUCAAUAAAUUCUCCCUAGUCAGACGUCCAUGGCUUCAAAAAAGGCUUAUGGAGAAAUGCUCUAGGCAUGUAGAGGGAUCCCGUACCCACCUAUUGUUUGUUCCAGUUGAAGUGAUACUAUAAGUCAACCUUAACCACAUUAACCACCGUUAAUAACAUUUAGUGUGUAAUUCCCACAAGCCUUUAUGAAGACUGCAGAGGUUGGGCCAGAGGGAGGCAUUCUUGUUUUAAUAAACCACCAUCAUCAGAGCUCGAGUAGGGAUGUUUCUGAAGGUGAACUGGGCUGAACAUAGUCAAUGGAGGUUCUGAUUUCUGUUUUCUCUACUAUUUACUAAAUGGUAAUUAAAUCAUAAAUGACAACAGUCUAGUCAGCCUGUUUCCUCAAAUUGCAAAAGCGUACAUUAUCACAAAGUUGGCAUGACUUCUUGAAGAAAGAGGGACAAAGUUUCAUACACUGGAUAAAGGUUACCAAGGGAGUCAGUCAGCCACAGAAACUUUGUACUCUUUGUUUUUCAGGAUAUGGUAAAACAGUAAAUGCAAAUCAUGGAUGAAAUUUAUAAGAUCGCUUCCACAGAAAGGAUCCAGCAGUUAGAAAAAGAACUGGCUUUGCAACUGACUGAACUAAAGUCUGAGAUAGAAGAACAGGAGACUCAUCAAGCUUACAGCUCUAUUCGAAUGCCCAAGGACAUUUCUUACUUUCGAAGAGAAAGGGAAUUGGCUCUAAAGAAAACUUUACAGGUGGCUGAGUCAAAGCCCCUUGUUGUUCAAGCAGAUGUCAUGCAGAGGGAGCUAGAGAGCUGCCUAAGAAGAGAGUACACUCCUGAAAAUUUACCUUUGCUUCUGUUGCAGUAUUAUACAGAGAGAAUUACCCAGCUGGCCCAGAGUAAAUAUUUACACAUGCUUAGAUGGAAGAGGUUUUGCCGGCACAGUAAGAUUAUGGAGCAACUUUAUCCUCUUUACAAGAAACAAGUUGCCUACAUUAUGCAGGAAUACAAUGAUGCCCUUCAGAGAGCUGAAAGAUUAUCUGUUGCACGAGAAAACUUCCUUCUGGGAAAAAACAAUCCUUCUAACUUAGUGACACAAGAAGACCUGACUAUUUACACAAAGUGGAUUGUAUGUCACCUACACUCGCUCAGGACUGUUCACCACUACCUACGGUCCCUCCAGUAUUUGCCCAUCUCCAAAGUGCUGAGUGUAGCUAUUGAUGAAUUUCCUGAGGCUUGUCAGGAGAAUGAAAAUGUAUGUGUUGAUGACAUCGACCCUAAUAUCCAGAGUUCUGGAUCUCUAGACCCUGUAGAUACCAGCAUUUCAGGGCUGACAAGAACAGAAGCUGCUUUCUCCCUGCCCCAACACGUGACUGAAAGAGAAGGACUGAAACCCCAGCUGAGGCUCCUGCUCUCCCAUUUUAAUAUCCCAUAUGACGUGGAAGAGCUAAGGGAUGCUACUAAGGAAAUGGAACUUUUUAAUUUGGUUUCCCAAAAAUUUCAAAGCAUCUUUAUGGAGCAACAGAGAAUGCAAACAUUUCCAGACUAUGAUGCGAAGAUAGCUACUAUGGAGAAUUUGGGUUUGGCAGGACCUGGUAUGGCCUUGAAAAAGAAAGCUAACUGGAUUUCAUUUAUAAAGAUUAAGCCAAAAUGUGAUCCUUGGCAAAAGAAGAUGUUGACCAAACUAAAAGAACGGAAAAGAAUUGAUGCAUUAAUGCAACUCCAAGCAAAGUUUUUGAAGAUUUCCAGCCCUGAGCGAGUGAUGCAAGUGCUCCAAGACCACGCGGCGAAGACAGUCAUGCUGGCUCCAUCUCAUCCAGCUUUCGUGGCUUCCCAGAGUUUGCAUCAGUGCAACUAUGACAGUAUCUGGGAGGACAUUUAUAGCAACACCAACCUGUACCAGAAUGAAAAUAUGAAGGAAGAUGACCUUGCGAUGGAACAAAAUGCAAAUGACCCAGCACAAAUAAGUCUCUGCCAACAUGCUGAUAAGCCUGUCAAGCAGAAAAAAGAGAAAGGAUACAGCUAUGCAAUGGCCCUACAACUGCUCGGCUUGGACGAUGGGACUGGGCCCAGCGAUAGGGAUCCUGUCCUGACGAGGGGGACCUACUUGUCCUUUCUAUAUCUGCGCCACCUGAGAAUAAGGGAGCUGCAGCGCGUCUGUUUAGGAAUUCUGAACUAUUUCAGAUCUGUUGAACGAACGCUGACAAUCAACACUUCAGGCCUUACCAUGGUUGCAGGGAGUCUGGUCCCCACCACAGAGGACAGUUCCCGGGUAAACAUGGCAAAAGGAGGCUUGGGCAUCUUGCAAGGCCUGGGAGCUCACCGCUAUGUCCACGGGACAUCUGCUGAGCACAAGGUCCACAGCAUCCAGUUCAUGGAGUUCUCAGAAGUGGAGAACCAGGAUGACUACUACAGCAUAGACGCGGGUUACGUCUACACCCAGGACCAGCGAGGAGUGCAUGUCAUGUAUGAUGAAGCCUUGAGUGAUCUGAAGGAGCUGGAGGCAGAAAUGCUGCUUGUAGCCAGCCAUUACAUUGAGAAAGAGAAAGGUCACAAAGAGGGCAGCAAGUCAAAUACUGGCCAGGACUGGGGAUGGGCCCAUGCAAGCGUGGACAGAUUUGCUGUGCUGUAUGACAUAUGGACCUGGGAAGCAGUUCUUCUAGAAAAUAAGCGCCAGCUUCUUGACAGUUACUUUGAGGCCUACCAGCACGUGUUGGACCCCGAGGAGAGGUUUGCCUUAGCACAAGUGAUCACUGACAUCAUGCACAGGUGCCCAAGGUUUGAUUUCAGCCACCCUUAUUUCAUUAAGGCCUACAAAGAUGAAUGCACCUGCCUGAGGCUUCACUUGCAGCUGGUGAGGGGCAUCCUCAAUCAGCACAUAGAGCGCCAGCGGGAGUAUGUCCAGAGGCUUUGGCAAAGAGGCCAUCCAGAUGAUAGCAGUAACUUUGGACUUCCCCUUAACAUAAUUUGCAAACAACUUAUUUCCAUCAACAAUAGCUGCCCGUCUUUGAAAAACAUGUAUCUGCUGGAGUUCCACCCUUCCCUGGGCCUGGCAUCGCUCAUCCCCCGAUCUCUUGAUCACCUUCUCCAGGAGGCCCGUCACACCUGCAGACCCACAUCAGCCAGCAGCCUCACCUUGCUGGAGAGACGCGUGCUGCAGCUGGCCCUGGAUAUGUGGCUCACACCGGCCCAGCCUGAGUCCUGGUACAGCACACGUCUCCACAAAGAUCUGUUUUCAGCUAAAGUAAUGGGAGAUCCCUUUCUCAUGGAGGAGAUAGGUCUGCUUGCACUCAAGUCCGCAGCAGACGAAGGACAGAACCAAAGCCAAGAUUCUCACAUGCUGCUCCUGGAGACAUUUUCCAAACUUCUGGAACUUGUGACCCUCCGCCACCGGCUGAUAGAAAUGAGUCUGGAGAGUGUACACUUAGCUCGUCUCUAUAAGGAACUGGCAUGGGAGAUGGGUUUUGAAGAGUACCAUUUGUAUCUGAGGCCUGUUCAUUUUGAAUUUGCAUCACACAAGGACAAAGUGGACCAUCCACCUCCUGUUUUUAUCACCUCUCUGCUGGAGGACAGUGAUCGAGUGGACAGAUAUUCUCCUACUACUCUUGUGUUAGCCAUCUCUGAGGUGGAUGAUAACCAGGUUGGCAAGUUUAGCUUUUAUACAAAGGAAGCCAUCCUUAAGCUCUUAUUCCAUUCAGGAGUGGAAAACAUGCAAGUGACCCUUGCAUGCCAAGCUGCUCAGAAAAAUGCUUUGAUGGUGGCUGUCCAACAGGCAUCCUUCUAUCACACGUCCCGAUGGGGCUGUUCUGCUGAUGUGAAGGAAACAAGUUCAGAUCUGAGAAAUCAUGGUGGAAUGGGUCCAGCCAGAAAAAGAAAUUCCGGAAUUGUGAAUGGCAUAGACAACUUGCAGUUAGCCCCAACUCCUAAAGUUCCAGACACCCUCACUCAUCCUUCGGAAAGAUUCCAGGCUACCAAAAGGGCGCCAGAGGCUUUUGUGUCUAUUCAACUAGAAAAGGUGGGGCUGCGGGACAUGAUGCUGAACGCCUUCCUCCUCAGGAAACAAACGUUGGCUGACAGAAUGAAGAACCAUGAUGAAAUUGGUAAAGUCAAGAGAGACGUUAUAGUUGAAUACUGUCAGAAACUGAACUGCCGUAUGUCUCACUAUGCUCUUCGGGGUCAGAUCAUGGCAUACUGCAAUAGCCUGAGAGCCCUGCUGGAAGAUUUCCCUGCUAUCAGGGACACCUUUUUCAUUGUGGGGCAACCACGAGAAAAGAAGGGGUUGAGAGACUCCAAGGAGGGCCUCAAGGCUGACCCCAGGAGUUUUCAGCCCCGGCCACGAUGUUUGCUGUCUGCUGACGGGAAAGUCUUCCUCAAUUUAUGGUUCAUACCCCAUCCUUCUGAAGUGCUGGUUAUGUUCAAAACUCUGCCAGAAAAGGCAGCUUUUCACGCCUUAAAGCUAACUCUACAGCUGAUAGCCCCUCUCCAUGACAUUGUGGCCUACCUUUUCAGUUUUGCUAAACUUGGAAAUUGCUCAACAUGUGUUAAAUUUCCUCUAAGUGCUAACCCUUUGAAAGGUGACUGGGGAGGAACUGAGGGCAUUGGGUCUGAGCUUCAAGAACUGCAGAAAAUGAUUGACAGCCUCCAGAGCCCCCAGGACCCUGCCCACGUGUCCCAGGCACUCCUCCUUCGAAGGGAGGUUAUAUUUUUGCAGUUUGAUGCUGCGGUGCGGCACCUCAUCCGAAGAACAUUUUUGGCAACUGGAAAUGCUUCUGCCUACCAGUCUGUUACAGACGGCAUGUACCAUGGAUUACCACCACUGAGCAACUCUCUCGUGAAGAGCAUUUUUGCUUCACAGCUCAGCGUGCCUCAGCCACUAGAUCCACAGAGCCUCCAGGCAUCUGUGCUAUUCCCUUGGAGAGCAUUUCUAGAAGAUGGAGGACUGUUUCCAGUUAUGGGUAGCAGCCCAGAUACCCUAGAGUAUAAUAUGCAGCUGUGCCUCUGUAGGCUGAGUGACCAUGAUCUGAAGGUGGCUCAUGGAGAGCUGGUGGGCAUGCAGCUGCUUUUGGAAGAUGUGCUUCUGAGCAACUAUCAUAUGAUCAUGGAGGAUCAUGGAGGAUCCCCCCAGCAAGACACACUGGACAAAAACACACAGCCAGAUUUGUCCAGAGUGCCAGGAUUCAGAAGUCAGUUCCAAAGCAGCCCCAAGGUCUCCGAGCUGCUGAGGGGCCCAUGCGAUACGAUGAUGUCUCUUGCUUUCCUGAGAUCAUUUCUGGUGCUGUGGAAGCAGCUGGAAGUGCUGAAGGACCACUGGGGCCAGCUCAAACUGCAAGGCCAGGACGGCAGUUCUGUCUCCCUCCACAACCAGUUCUCAGAACUCUACGGAACUGACAUCCUCUACCCCAGCAUGAAAGCUAUAGCUAGGCGGAUGGGGAAAGAAGAUGAAUUUGAAGAUCUCAUAAUAAGUAGUCAGUCUAUUCUUCCCCCUGAAGGAGCUUCAGAAAUUGAAAUAAAAAUUCAACAGCUUCAGAAGCUUCUGGAAAAUCUUGAAAUUCAUAUGAUCCAGGAAGUAUUAAGAAAAGUUAAGACAGAAAGAGCACUGGUUGUAUCAGAAAAGUCCAAGGACCAGGGUACUCUCCCUACAGACCUUUGGAAGCACCAUGUCAUGAAAGAAAACUUUUCAGUUAUCAGACCACAAAUAGUUGAAAAAUUUGUACAGAGAUUAAUGGAAAAUUACCAGGAUGGUGGACUAGAGAUCACUUUCAGGAAAGAGCACCUUGAGGCCUGCCUCCUUUCCCUGGGUUGUGAUGUGAUGGCAAGAGAACGCAGCAACUUCGAGAGCUACUCCAUGUAUUAUGAGCAUGUGUUGGAGCAUGCUAGGCAGGAGCUCUGCCAGAAAGAACAAGAAUUAGAUCUUAUACGAAGAGGUUCGGGUCCUCCUGAAGACAAUGCUGGUCAGGUUGCAGAGCUCAGUCAUAAUAUGAUCAUGGAAAUCACUGCUCUGAGAGCUCGACUCACAGAUUUGGAAGAAGAAAAUCUGAAUCUCAAAGAGAAGAUUAGAAAAGAAGUCCAAGAAGAAUAUGAAACAUUAGUUCAGGCUCUGUUUAUGACAUGUUUAGACAUAAAAGAAAAACUGGAUGAGAAUCAGAUGAAUUUGAUCCAGAAAGUGUGUGAGCUCAUUGGCGAAGUAAGAACAGAAGGGAUUGACAAUAUGAAGGCCCUAAAGAAAAAAUGGGGCUCUGCCAGACCUGAUGAAGGAAUGAAAGAAAACCCAGCCAAAGAGCAGCUGCGUGCCUUGGAGCAAGACAACUGCCGCCUGUCUGCCCUGGUGUGCAAAGUGAGGAGCCUGGGCCACUGGAGGUUGGCUGUGCAGCGGGCUCGCUUCCAGGGCCAGCUGAACAGGACAGAGAAGGAAGCCAUGCAAAGUAAAAAAGAGUGUUUGAGCGUCAAGCUGAUGGCAGAACGAGAAGCGGUUUUAUUUCAUCAGCAGUUAGGGGUGCUACGGCAGGCCCUGGCCGGGGCUCAGGCCACCAACACCAGGAUGCGCAAGCAGCAGGAUAACCAGGCUCGAUUGCUGAGAGAGCUGCAACACAGAGUGACCGAGGAAGCUCGCCACAGGCAGCAGCUGGAUCUAAUGAAGGCCUCCGGCAUGGAGAAGCUCUUGGAAGAUGUGCGGCAAAAGGACCAGCACCUGCAGCUCCUUACUGAAGAGGCAGAGAGGGCUUCGAAACUGGGCCGGCUUCAGCAGAAGAGAACUCAGACAGAACUCCGACAGCUGAGAAGCCGGCUUGUCCAGGAACGCAGUGUGAAGCUGGAUGCUUUCCAGCGCAUAGAAGAGCUACAAAGUCAGCUUAAUGACGCUGAGCGAUUGUCUGUCCAGAUGAGCUCACCAGGCGGACUUACAUCUCGGGCUCAGUACUCCCUGAGUUCUGCUUCCACAUCAUUCAGAUACUCCCAGCAACACCUUUUAAAGACUAAUCUUAUGAGCAGUAAAAUAACAAGAAGGAUUCAAAGGCCAGAAACUGUACCUAUUAAACACAAAAAAAGGAUUGACAACGUCUUUCUACCCAAUGUGGUAGAAAAUGUUCACCUUUCAGCUUUUCAAGUUCACACGGCUCCAUCCAUAAUCCCAGAAGGACCCAACUGGUAAUCAUAUACCCUCCAAGUUUUCUUUCUUUUUUAAUGUUUAUUCUUGAGAGACAGUGAGAGAAAGAGCAUGAGCAGGGUAGGGACAGAGAUAG